AUGCGAGCCAUCAUCACGCGGAGCAUUGGCACCGCUCGUGGCAGUGGUGUUGGGUACGGGAGCAAACCACGGUGGACACCUGCAUGCCUCUCGCCGACCCCGACAUGCCUCCCGCCGACACCAACACGCCGCCCGCAGACCCCGACACGCCGCCCAGCGCCYCUCUCUCCCACAAGCCUGGUCCGCCGUAGCUCUACCCUCUCUCCCACUCCCACUCCCACCCCCGCCUCGCGCGCGCCCCGAGCGAAACACCGCAGAUGGACAGUCGAGGAAGAUGCCGUGCUGCUCGAGUGUCGGAAGGCGGGGUUGAAAUACAGGCAGAUCCAAAUCGGGGAUCGUAAUGCGGUCUGCGCAAUGAAACGCAUGCAGAGGCUGAAUCAGGGUUAUGGGGGAGAACAGAUUGCCAUCGAGGCACGCCAAGUACGGCAGCGCCAUCCACCCCAAAAUGCACCAAAGAUGUUCUCCGAGGCCGAAAAGGCAGAGGUGCUGCGUCUCGUCGACGCGGGCGUGAAUCAAGAUCGCGUUGCCAGAAAGUUCAAUGUGACGAAGGAGAUGGUGUGGAACUGCUGGCACAAUUCUCGAGCGAGCAGCCCUGCGCCGGUGCAGAGCCCACCCUCGCCACCCACAACAACAACAUCAUCAGCAGCAGCAGCAGGGRGAUUCUGGACGAACGAGGAAAUCGAACGACUGAAGGAGUUGAGAGCCGCGGGCUUCACGUGGCCGGAAAUCGCUCGCCGCAUGCCGCCGCCCCACCGCUCAAUUCUCAGUAUAAAACUGCAAUGGUACUACAAGCUCAGCGGGCAAACAGACGGCAAGGCAUCCAAGGAACAUGAAGCACCAGCGGAUGCCUCUGCCGGCUCACGUUGGGUUCGACUCACUCCCUCGGAGCGUAUCCACCUUCUCGAGCUGUACCAGCAGGGAGUCGGGUCCGCAGCCAUAGCUCGGCGGCUAGGUAGGGCAGCACACAACGUUCAUCGCGUCCUCUUCGGACUCGACGUAGCGAUGCGACCAGGGCAAAGUGUCCAAGACUGGUCUCAACGCUUGCUCAAAGUGCUGGAAGAACUCAAAUCAAAGGCAUCCCAACCACGCACCCUCCGUCGAUUCACCCCAGCAGAGGUCGAAUCGCUCCAGCAUCUUGUUGAAAUGGGAGCUUCAAAUCGAUACAUUGCCCGAUUCCUCAAUCGCGCCUACCGCUCCGUCGUCACCAAAAUGUCCCGACUUGGAUGCAAUAGAAGGCCGUGGAGCAAGGAGGAGCAAGAGACAAUCCGCUCACACCAGGCACAAGGUCUUGAACCCUGCCAUAUUGCUGCAAAGCUUAGUCGUUCAGAGCACUUUGUGCGUAGCGUCCUUCGCUUGCCGCCUCCGGAAAGAGCGGGGGAGCGGGCUGGCCAUGAGGCUGAAUGA